AUGGUCAAGUAUGUGCUGGUUACGGGCGGUGUUCUCUCCGGUCUGGGCAAGGGCGUAAUCUCGAGCUCCACGGGCGUCAUUCUCCGCUCGUUGGGCUUCCGGGUUACUGCGAUCAAGAUCGACCCCUACAUCAACAUCGAUGCUGGCACCAUGUCCCCGUUCGAGCACGGUGAGGUGUUUGUUCUUGAUGACGGCGGUGAAGCUGAUCUUGAUCUGGGCAACUACGAGCGCUUCAUGGAUCUCACGCUCAACCGCGACAACAACAUUACCACUGGCAAGAUCUACCACCACGUUAUUGAGAAGGAGCGCAAGGGCGGUUUUCUGGGCAAGACAGUGCAGGUGGUGCCCCACAUCACCGAUGCCAUCCAGGAGUGGGUAGAGCGUGUGGCCUCCAUUGGCGUUGACGGGAACCCCGCUCCUCCCGAUAUCUGCAUCAUCGAGCUCGGCGGCACCAUCGGAGACAUCGAGCACGGUCCGUUCAUCGAGGCCAUGCGGCAGUUCCAAUGGCGCGUGGGCAAGGAGAACUUCUGCAACAUUCACGUGUCCCUGGUGCCCGUCGUCGGCGCCGUAGGCGAGCAGAAGACCAAGCCCACCCAGGCGUCCGUGCGCGAAUUGCGAGCGCUCGGUCUGUCGCCUGACAUGAUCGUGUGCCGCAGCUCGGUGCCCGUCGCGCCCGAAGUGUGCACCAAGGUGGCCUCCUUCUGCCACGUCGCUCCCAACUCCGUCAUCUCCGUCCACGACGUUUCCAACCUCUACCGAGUGCCGCUGUUGCUCAUGUCGCAGGGUCUGCCCGGCAUCAUCCUGUCCAAGUUCGGUCUGAACUCGCCCAGGAAGGUGGCCAGGAUGACCUCGUGGGAGCGGGUCGCGCAGGAGGUCGACGACCUCAACGGGGCAGACCCGGCCAAGGCCGUGCACAUCGCCGUAGUGGGCAAGUACACGCACCUAUCCGACGCCUACCUGUCCGUCAUCCGCGCGCUCCAGCACUCCGCCCAGUUCGUCCACCGCAAGCUGGCGAUCGAUUGGAUCGAAUCUCUCUAUCUCGAGGAUGCCGCCAAGACCGAGCACCACCAAGAGUACGAGGACGCGUGGGCCAAGGUGAAGGCGGCCCACGGCCUGCUCGUGCCCGGCGGUUUUGGCGACCGUGGCGUGGAGGGCAAGAUCCUCGCCGCCCAGUACGCCCGCACCAACAAGGUCCCGUACUUGGGCGUGUGCCUGGGCAUGCAGGUGGCCGUCAUUGAGUACGCGCGCAACGUUGUCGGCCUCCAGGAUGCCAACAGCACUGAGUUUAACGAGCAGGCCACCCACCCGGUGGUCAUCUUCAUGCCCGAGGGCUCCAAGACUCACAUGGGAGCGACCAUGCGACUGGGCUCGCGCCGCACCGACUUUGUGGAGGACAAGAGCUCCGUCGUGCGACGCCUCUACGGCGGCGCAGAUGGGGUGGACGAGAGGCAUCGUCACCGCUACGAGGUCAACCCUGAUUACAUUUCGCGAAUCGAGGAGAAGGGCCUCUCCUUCGUCGGCUUUGGCGACAGCAAGCUGCGAGCCGAGAUCGUGGAGCUGCCCUACGCUCCCGCCGGCUCGGAGGGCGGCCACCCCUACUAUGUGGGAGUGCAGUACCACCCCGAGUUCAAGACGCGCCACACGCGGCCCUCGCCGCCCUUCCUCGGUCUCAUGCUCGCGGCCUCUGGUCAGCUCGAGGCCUGGCUCGACACCCACAGCGGCCAGCUGGGCAACAAGGAUUCGUCCGACGAGGAGACCAGCUUUUCCUUGUAA